AUGAAGACACCUUUGCCCAUUGAAAAGCAUGCGUCAACUAUAUACACACUCUCUAUUUUCUAUAAUAUUCAGAAGGAAAUAUGCACAACAUGUUUUAAUUGUCGAGUUUUGAGUGUUCGAGAAGAUGGUGACAUACUGUAUUAUGAGAUCAAAGAUGGCAGUCAUAGAAAGUUUACUUUGGAGCACAAUGUAACUGAAAAGAAAGUUGUUUGUAGUUGCAAGAUGUUUGAAAUAAUUGGAUUGUUGUGUAGCCACACUUUUAUGGUUUUUAAGGAUUUGAACUUUGAUAAAAUCCCUUUGAAAUAUGUGCUGAAUCUAUGGACUAAGGGUGCAUCCUUAAAGCCUAUAUUCCAUAUUAAUGGUCUCAGAUUUUAUCAAAGUCCAGGAAUGGAUGAGAGGAAGGUGUUGUUGACACAAUUGUGGGGUGAUAUGCAGUGUUGUAUAGGUCUAACAGAAGAAGCAGAAAUUGAUAAAUUGAUUGAAUUUGCACAAGUGAUUAAAAAGCAAAAAUUGAUAUUGAUGAGAGAACAAGCUGAUUUAUCCCCUACUCAUAGGAAGAAUGCAGUCAUAGAGUCUUAUUGUGAGUCAUCUAAGCCUUCCGAGAUCUCUAUUCUACCACCAAGGAAAACAAAAAACAAGGGCAGUGGUAAGCAUAUGAAAGGGAAAAAGGAGUUAGCAAUGGAUGCAUCAAAGAAAGGUUUAAGAAAAUGUCAUACGUGUGAUGUUUACAUAGAAAAUGACAACCGACAUGACAGUAGGAACUGUCCACUUAGAAAGGAAUUAACAGAUGAAGAUGAUUGA